AUACUCACGGAUUACCGAUUGAGCACAAAAUGAUUCAAGUCCACCAAGGUCAAAAAGUAAAUUUUCGUCAGGUUUGUCAUGAUUUUGCCUUAGAGCAGGUUCAAUUACAAAAAGAACAGUUAAAAAAAUUAGGACUUUUCACUAAUUAUGAGGAGCAUUAUAUUACCUUAGAUAAAAAAUACGAGGCGGAGCAAAUUAGAGUUUUUGGAGCAAUGGUUAAAAAAGGUUUAAUUUAUCAAGGAUUUAGACCUAUUCACUGGUCUUGCAGUCAUGAAACUGCUCUGGCCGGAGCCGAAAUAGAAUAUUACGAAAAAAAAGAUACUUCGUUUUAUUUUAAAAUUAAGUUGGCAGGAACUAACCAGUUAAUUGCCGUAAAAAAAACCGCUACUUAUAUUUUGGUCGAAUUAGAAAGGAAAUUUUUAGGAAAAGAAUUAAUUGGUAAGCAUUAUUUUCACCCUUAUCGAAAAGAUAAUAAAGGAUACAUAGUGUCGGGUGAUGAGUUUAUUCAGGAAGAAGAAGGGACUGGUAUCGUUCACCUCGCACCGGCUUUUGGAGCCGAAGACUUUAUGGUGGCUAAACGGGAAAAAUUAAUAAUUGAAUGUCCCAUGGAAGCAAAUGGAAUUUUUAACCAAAAAAUUGGAGUUUCAGAAUUAAUUGGAGUGCCAAUUCCGGUUUUAUAUAAAAAUAAUGAAGCCAUACUUAAUGCCGAAAUUAUUGAUUAUGUGGCUGAAAUAGUGGCUAGCAGUGAUAAAGAAACAGUUUUAGGACAAGAUAUUAUGGAUGUUUGGUUGGAUAGUGGAAUUUCGCAUUGGUGUGUUUUGAGAAAAAGUAGGAAUUAA